UCCUCUUUUCAUCUCAAUCAGUUGUCGGUUUGUGUCCGUUUUGUGUCACAAUGACUUUAGAGAAGCUCUUCCGGUAAAAGUACACACAGGAACCAAAAAAAAAAGGGGAAGAGGAACAAGAGGAGGAAGGUGGACAGAGAGAUGGACUCGACAGAUGAGAACUGCAGUGCAGCUGCAGAGGCGAACGGAGAUGAGAGUCUGCCGGCUGCCAUGAACGUCCAACACCCUCCGGUCUCCCCGGGCACGCCACCCGCCCUCCAAGAACUCAGAGUGGUCCUGCUGGGCAGAAAGGGAGCCGGCAAGAGUGCCGCAGGGAACACCCUGCUGGGAGGAGUGGGCGGCUUCGAGAGCGGGAAGCCCACGGAGGAGUGCGUGAAAAGGCGAGCGGAUGUUGUUGGCAGGAAAGUCACAGUGGUGGACACACCGGGCUGGGAGUGGUACUACCCACUCAACAGUACCCCCAACUGGGUGAGGAGGGAGACUCUGAGGAGUGUGACCCUGUGCCCUCCUGGACCCCAUGCCGUGCUCCUGGUAGUUCGCUCCUGCGCUUCCAUCACAGACAGCUACAUCCAGGAGAUAGAGGAGCACCUGGAGCCGCUGGGAAGGGACGUGUGGGAGCACACCUUGGUGCUUUUCACCAGGGGAGACGAACUGGGCCUGACCACCAUGGAGCAGCGCAUCCAGACCAGCGGCUCCGGGCUCCAGAGACUCCUCCAGAAGUGCAGCAGCAGGUACCACAUCGUGAACAACUACAGCAAAGGAGACGGGACGCAAGUGAAGGAGCUGAUAAGGAAGCUGGAGGCGAUGGUGGAUGGAAAGAAAGGAGGAAGGAGUCAUCUGGAGCUGGACAACGGAGUCCUGUUGGGGCUGGAGGCGGACGGGAAGAGGAGAGCCAGGGAGAGGAGGAAGAAGCAGAGGCAGAUGGAGGCGCAGAUGCAGAGAGGGACCAUCAAAGCCGCUCUCAUGAGUGAUGGACCCCAGGGUUCGGAACUGGAUGCACAUCAGUCCUUCUCCAAGGCUCCUCGGCGGCUCCCCGAGGUCAGACUGGUUCUACUGGGAGAGCGUGAGACUGGGAAGAGCUGUGCUGGGAACGCCAUCCUUGGGAAAACGGGUUUCUUCGAAGCGGGAGCGGUGACGGAGGAGUGUGUCCGCCAGCAGGCGGAGGUGGCCAGGGUGAUGGUGACCGUGGUGGACACGCCGGGCUGGGAGGCAGGAGUGGCCGGUGCCACCCCGGAGCGGGUCAAACGGGAGAUCAUGUGCAGCGUGGCCCUGUGCCCUCCGGGGCCUCACGCCCUGCUGCUGACUCUGAGGGUGGACACUCUGGUGAGGGCGGGACACGUCAGGGAGCACCUGGAGCUUCUCGGAGAGGGUGUGUGGAGACACACGAUCCUGCUGUUCACCCACGGCGACCAGCUCCGCGAGGGGGUGGACAUCAAGCAGCACGUCCAGAGCGGAGGCAGGGACCUGCAGUGGCUGCUGGAGAAAUGCAGGGGCCGGUACCACGUGAUCGGCAGCGGAGACGGAGGAGGACGAGGCAGCGGGGGGUCCGCAAAGGUGACGGAGCUCCUGGAGAAAGUGGAAAAGAUGGCGACGAUGAACAGAUGCGAAGCUUUUUCCUGCGUGGUGCAGGAAGUUAGGGAUCUGAGCCUCCAGAGGAACGAAAAGUUCAACCAGCGGCUGAAGGACAUUGUGGACAAGAUGGUUCGUCAGGAGGCUGAGUUGAAGAAGUUGAGGGACAGGGAGGUGAAGAGCAUCAGGUGGUUCUUUGACAGGAAGAAGAAGGUGAAGUCGCCAGGAAAGGCCGAUGUUCAAAGAGAGGAGGAGGACGAUGAGGACAGACGGGUCGGUGAAAUGAGAAACGACUUUGGCGAUCUGGAGGAGAGGAUGAGAUGGCUGACGGAGGACAGAGAGAGGGAAAUUCAGGACCUCAGCCUCGAAAACGAGAGGAUCCGAGUGGCACUAAACCAACGGCAACAAGAGAAACACGAAGCAGAGCUGAACCUGGAGCUGAAAGAGAGGGAGAUCGAGGAGCUGAAGGAAAGGACUGACGAGCAGCAGCUGAAGCUCCUCGAUCUCGAACGCACCUGCGUUGAGUCCGAACACGAAAGGAAGCGACGGGAGGAUGAAAUCAGAGCAGAGAGACAGGAAUGGAGGAAAAAACUUGAUGAGAAGGAGAAAACUGUGGCGGUGCUUAAAAAGGAGAAAGAAGAGUGGAUUGAACGGUUUGAAGCUUUACAAGUAAAACUGGAGCAGAUUGAAACACACUAUACUGAUUCUCUAAGAAAGGAAGGAGAGAAAAUCAGGGAGAUGGCAGAGAGGGAGGAAAAACUGAUGAAAGAGAUGGAAAAUCAAGACAAGCAGCUGGAAGGACUAAGGAGGAAAGCUGCAGAGGAAAAGCAGACGAUGCUUGAAAACUUUAACAUGUUGGAAAAAAGCAUGGAGGAGCUGAAACUACAACACCAAAAAGAAAUGGAGGAGAAAGAAACUCAGGUAAAAGACAUAAAACUGCGGCAUGAAGAAGAGAUGACCAGAAAAACUACUGAGAGCGAAAGAAACAUUGAGACAAUGAGAGUUCAGCAGCAACAAGAAGUUCAUAAGACAUUAAAAGAAAAAACAAAUGACAUUGAACGACUCAAGCAGCUGCACGAGGAGGAAAUUAAAAACAUGAGGGAAGAACAAGACAAACGGGUAGCACAGUUAAAUGAGAAAUUUGCAAAAGAGAAAAGUGAACUUCUGGAGACAAAAAAAAGAGAGUUAGCAGAACUAAAACAAGCACAUCUUACUCAGAUGGAAGCAAAAGAGCAAGAAGGUGAGACAAACAAAGAGACGAUUCAACUACAGCACAAAAAAGACCUGGAAGCACAUGUUCAAGAGAAAAACAGAGAGCAGGAGGCCUUGAAGCUGAAACACCAAGGAGAAAUGGCUACAAAAAUAAACGAGAUGUUUAAACUCAUGGAGGAAAGAGAAGUUGACCGCAAGAAGGAAGUCAGUAAGAUAGUCAAAGAAAAGGAAGAGGAAGUCAAAAAGGUCAGACAGGAAUACACAGAAAUACUAAGCAAGCUGGAGGGAGAGAGACAGAGAGAAAGAGAGGAGCUGAAGCAACAAAUAGAAGAAGGAGAGCAGGAAAAACAGAGACGGAUAAAAGAGUUACAGGAAAAGUUUGCUGCCCAAACAGAAGAAAUUAGGCGAGAACGGGCAAGCAUGUCGCAAGAUCUGCAGCAGAGUCAAAGAGAAACUGACGAAGUAAAAUGUGAACUGGAAAAGCAAGUUGAAAGCAGGGCAGCAGAGAAAGAAAGGCACAAGAAAGAGUUGCUGCAAAAGGAGAGAGAGAUUAAGGAAAUGAAAGCGAAAAUUAAAGAAUUGAGAGAGACAAUCCAGCAGAAAGAAAAUAGAGAGAAGGAGUUUCUGAGUGAAAUUGAAAACAGGAAAACGGACAAAGAAAGAUGCAAGAAAGAGUCGGAGCAACAGAUAGAGGAAAUGAAGGAGAAGCUCAAAGAAACAAAAGAGAAGAUGCAGCAAACAGACGAAAGGGUGAAAGUCCUUUUAAAUGACAUGAAAACAAUCGGACAACAACUAAAAGAAAAAGAGGAAGAAACUGAGGAGAUGAAAUUAACUGUUAAAGAAAUGAAGGAAGAAAUCAGAGAAAAGGAAGAGAAAGAACUCGUUUACCUGGAGUGUAAAAAAGACUCGGAGCAGAAACUGGAGAGAAAAGACCAAGAAGCUGAAAAGAUGAAGGAGCAAAUAAAGGAGCUCAAGCAACACUUGCAGCAGGCAAAUGAGCAAAGAGAGAAAGACGGCUUGAGCAAGAAGAAGAUGCAGCAAACCCUGGAAGAAAAUGGCCGAGCGAUAGAAAAGUUGCAACAGCACAUAAAGGACAUCGACGAGAUUCUGCAGAGAAAGGACGAGGAGCGGGGCGAAAUCAUCCUGAACCAGAAGAAGGAGGCCGAGCAACGCCUGCAGGACACGGAGCGAAGGAUGGAGGAGAUGAGGCAAGAGUUUCUGGAAGACAUGGAAAGCAAACUGAAAGAGAAGGAGAUAGAGAAUGAAAGCAUCAAACAGCAGGCUGACUCCAGGGAGGCAAAAUGGAGGGAAGAGCUGAAGAAGACAGAGGAGAGAGGAGUGAACGAGAUAAACAAGCUUCUGGAGAUCGUUGAGAAGAAGAUGAAAGAAAUAGCACAAGCAGAAAGAUGUCUCGCAGAGAAAGAGGGAGAGGUCGACGAGCUGAAAAGACUAUGCUCAAACUACUGCAAAGACAUAGGCGAGUUGAGAGAGUGCAAUGAAAAGUAUACACUUAGUAUAGCUGAGACACAGCAACGCCACGCAGAGGAAGAGAAGAAAAUCGAGGCAGAAAUGACGGAAAAGCUGCAGGAGAAAGAGCAAGAGCUCAAACGUCUGCUGCAAAAGGACAAAGACAACGAGAAGGAGCUCGUCCAGCUGAGGCUGACCAUCGAGCAGACCAAGUCAGAGCUGAAAGAGCUCACCGAGAGAAUGGAGAAGGAGAUGACGAGCCUGAUUCAGGAGUACGAGAAAGAGCUCAAAGAAAAGACGGAGAACAUUGAGGCCGUCGCGAAGGAGAAGGAGAAUCACGAGCAAAGUGUUCGGGUUGUCACAGAGAAAUACGAGGAGAGCCAAAAGAGAGUGGAGGAGCUGCAAGAGCACAACGAAAAGAUGAGAAAAGAGACCGAAAAUCUCAGCGUCAAGUGUGAGGAGAUGAGGAAGAAGAGUGAGGAAGAGGUUAGGGAGCAUAUAGCAACAUGUGAGGAGAAAGUAAAGAGCUUAGAAGCUGUCGUUAGGGAGAGAGAUUCAGAGGUGAAAGCAUUACAAGAAGCCAACAAUAAACUUCUAGGAGAUUUGGUAGAGAUUAGAGCAAAGGAAGACAGGAACAAGAUUCAGAUAAAUGAGCUGAUGGAGAAACAAAAAGAGCAGGCAGAGAAAUAUGAUGAAGAAUGUUUAAACAGAGAGAAAUUAGCCAAGGACAGAGAGCGAGCUGUGAGGAGAGAGGAAGAAGAGCUGAGCAAAAGAAGAGACGACCUCAGUGCAAAACAGAAAGAACUUGCUGAAAUGGAGAUAAAGUUGAAAAAUCAAGAAUCUGAGCUUCAAGAACUCCAAGCUAGGCUAGAGAUAAGAGAAAAAGAAGCAGAGGAAAUGAAUAAUCAAAUGAUAGAGUUGAACUUAACAAAGCAGGUUAUCAGGAAGAAGGAAAAGGAGCUGGAUGCUCUGCUUGGAGCGCUGGAGGGCAAACAGAGAGAACUGAGCUCUCACGGUCAAGACCUCCAGAAGAAGGUCAGAGGUCUGAAGGAUCAAGGGAAGGAGCUGAAGGACAGAGAGUGCUACCUAAAGAACGAGGAGCAGGAGCUGCUCAACUGGAAGUCAGAGCUGCUGGUGCAGAACGAGUACGUCAACUGCACAACGCAGGAGCUGGACGAGAUUCGCCGGGAUAUGGCUUUGCUGAAGGAGGAGCUCCGUACCAGGGAGAUGAAGCUCAAGGAGUCGCUCAAAGACAUGAACAAAUGGGAGCUGAAUCUCAAAAAACGAGAGGAAGCUUUGGUCAGGAGGGAGCAAAUGUCCGAUGACAGCAUUGACGAAACGGGGUCUUUCCAUCUGUUGGCCGAAGAUAACUUGCCUUUGAUGGACCAAGAAGUCAAGGAUGGGAGGGCAAAGGGAAGAGGGAAAGAGUCAGCCGUAGAAGAUACUACUAGCCCCACAGAGACAAAUGAAUGUCACUUUGAAACACUCUUAGAAACACAACAGACUGAAGGAAACAAGAAGAUCAGCAGUUUAAGGUCCCUACCAAACCACAAAGACCCGGGAUGCGACUUGAGAGUGAUGGUCCUGGGAGAGACGUGGUCUUCUCGCUCCCCAGCCGGAGUCACCAUCUUAGGCGGAGAGGCGUCCAAGUUCAGCGGGUCUGACUUCAGGCCCUGGAGAGGUCAGAUAGCCGGGAGGCGCCUGGCUGUCGCAGAGCCGCUGGGUCUGAAGUGGCGAGACGGACCCGAUGCGACCGAUUCGGCGCAACGGAAGAGCAUCCUAGAAAGUGUCUCCUGGUGCCGCCCGGGCGCUCACGUCGUCCUCCUGCUCGUUCCCGCCUUCCUGACCUGCACGCGGAAGUACAGGAGGGCCGUGGAGGAGCACGUGGGCUUGCUCGGGGAGGACGUCUGGAGGCGCACGUUGGUGCUUUUCACCUGGGGGGAGAUUCUGGGUGAGAGCGUGGAUCAGCACAUCCUGAGGAACGGGGAACUGAUGGGGCUCAUAGAGAGGUGUGGCGGCAGAUACCAUGUGCUGACGAGCAAACAAAACAACUCAAAGAUCAAGGCGUUAUUUGAAAAGAUGGAAGAUAUAGCAGAUUUAACUUUAGGAAUGUGAGGACUGAUUAAUAAUUAUUGUUUUCUUGUGUAUAAUAUGUAAAUAUGUUUGAAUAAAAGUACCUAAAAGUCUAACAGUCU